CAAUGUGUACAAUCUUCCUUGAAAUACAGAAAAUGGAAUUUACAGCUCACUGUGAUUUUCCAGUUUUAAAAUGAAUCAGAGAAUGACGUAAAUAAUAAAGAAUUUCUUUAUUUAAAAAAUAUCCUGAGGAUAAUUACCCAGUUCUUCAAUAAGAAGAAUAAGAAUAAGUUCCUCAGUAAGAAGUUUACUCUAUUUCGUUGGUCGAUGUAAUUAGGAAAGGUAGGGGAAAUGUGAGGUGGAUAAGUAGAUGAAGUGCAACAAUCUCACUUUUCCUUUAGAAUGAAAACUACUACAGUGCUGUGAGUUUAAUAUAGUAUAGUCAACAGUAGCAGCUUUUUAAAACAAAUAAACUUGAACUUUAAUGUUUUUUUGGCAUUUUGAUUACUUGCAAACAGGAUAACGAAACAAUUUAGAUACUGGGUAUUGUUGCAACUUUGCACAGGAGGAAAUUACAAAGAGUGAUAGCAUCUACAAUAUCCGCCGGCAAAGAACCACACGAGAGAUUCUGCGUAACUGAAAGAUAUUAAAGUUCCGGUCGCAAGAGGAAGAUAUCAGUGCUCUAGAUAUUUAUUUUCCCGGAAUCAUUUGUUGGGUGCCGGUGUCGAUGAGAUGAGAUGAAUUAAAACCGGAAAUCCUUUGUACAACUUUACUAUUUAGCAACUAAACAUGCCAAGUUCAGUUAAAUGAAAAUCAUGGAGACGGAAACACGAGCUCGUAUCGCAAGACCUUUCAAGACUCUUGAGGAACUUUAUUCCAAUUUGGAUAAGUUGACACCCUGGCCAGAUACCGUGGAAUUACGAGAGAGCACUGAAUAUGUCUUUUCAGCUGGAAAUGCGGAAACUCUUAAUGAGAAGCUUGAUAAACUGGAUAGGGACCAGCAACCAAAGACGAUUUGUUGCCAUGACAUGAAAGGCGGAUAUCUUGAGGAUAGAUUUAUUGAUGGAUCUGACGCCCACGACGCUUACGUUUUUUACAACUGGAACGUGAUAGACACAUUUAUAUACUUUAGCCACCAUUUAGUCACAAUUCCACCAUACGGUUGGAUAAACGCUGCACAUAGACAUGGUGUCAAAGUUUUGGGCACCAUAAUAACAGAACAUGGUUUCGGAGUACAAGUCUGGGAAAAAGUAUUCUCAACAACCGAGGAAACUGAAAAAUUUGCUAACGCUUUAGUUCAAAUCGCAAAAUUUUACGGUUUUGAAGGUUGGCUUCUAAACGUCGAGAAUACAAUAAAAAGGGAGGAUGUCAGUAAACUGUUAUAUUUUGUAAGAUUUUUAACAAAUCGUAUUCAUGAAGAACUUGAAGGUUCUGAAAUUAUCUGGUACGAUAGUGUAACUUGCACAGGAGAACUUAAUUGGCAGAAUCAGCUAAAUGACCAAAACUCAUGCUACUUUUUAAGUUGCGACGGCAUAUUCUUAAAUUACAACUGGUCAGAGAAAAGACUUGCGGACAGUUUAGCAUUUGCAAGGAAAGAAAAUAGAGAAAGAGAUGUUUAUGUUGGUCUCGAUGUUUGGGGAAGAGGAUGUCCUGGAGGUGGAGGAUUUAAUUCCGCAUUUGCAUUAGAUAUAAUACGGAAAGCAGGUCUCUCAGUUGCAAUUUUCGCUCAUGGCUGGACCCAUGAGUAUUUUGGAUCAGCAUAUUUUUACAGAAUAGAGGAUAUAUUCUGGGCUCAACUAAUGCCUUACCUUUACGUUCAUGUCCCAAUUAUUGAGAGUGAACCUUUUGUUAGCUCGUUCUGUCGCGGUAUAGGAAAAAAUUACUAUCGUUGUGGAGUGAUUUCAUACGAAGAACAAGGAUCGAGUAUUACAGGAGGGAAUGGAAAUCCCUUUUUCAACUUGAAUAAACAGAAACAUCAAGUCAUUCUUCCUUUGAAGCAUUCCAGAAUAAUUGACACAACUAUUAUCGAGGAGGAUGAUAAUGUACCUGGAUCAGAUAAUAAUCCUCCAAUAAAAGAAGACAAUCCUUCAAAGAAGAAUGAAAUUAAAAAAAUAAAGGAAUAUAUUUACGAAACUGGGUUUGAUGUUAUGAAAGUAAAGGGUCAAACAGUGACAUUUAGAGCCAAAUCUCCAGCAGGAAUGAAUUUUCUCGAGUUUCAGAAUGACUUUGCUUUCGAUGGAGGCGGGUGUUUAAAAUUUAUCAUAAAAGAUCCUAGUGUGCAUUACAGACUAUUUUUGGUUCACAUCGAUUUUUCGAGAGACAUUCAAGCGAGCGUUAUUUAUCGAAUGGACAAUGAAGAAGCUCAUGAUCCUAACGAGGGUUUUAGAAACAACCUCUGCCUUAUUCUAGGGAAUGAUUUUACUGUAGAAACAAUUGUGCCUGUCGAAACUAUUGCUCUGGAUUCAGGAUGGAAGAAAAGGUAAACUCCAUCGACUUUUCU